GCAGCCAGUAUGGACGCGGCCGGGGCGCUGCCGGCGCGCGGGGGCUGGGCGGGCGCGCGGCUCGCGGGCGCCGCCGGCCGCUGAACCUCCCGGCGCGGGGCCAUGCUGGCUUCGCGCGUGGCGCGCGGCCCGUGGGCGGCUCUGCGCGGCGCCGUGUGGCUGCGGGGGGCGCGGCUGGGCAAGGGGCGCGCCCGCGAGGCGCUGCUGCCGCCGCCGCCUGCCUGCUGGCUGCGCCCGGGGCCGCCGGGGACCGACCCGCGGGGCCGCUGCUCGGGCUCGGGGAAGGCGGCCCCGGGACCCGCCGCUGCCGCCGCCGCCGCCGAGGCUCGGGCCCGCCGCUGGGGCCCGCCGGGCGCCGCCAGCCUGUAUGAAAACCCGUGGACAAUCCCAAAUAUGUUGUCAAUGACAAGAAUUGGCUUGGCCCCAGUUUUGGGCUAUUUGAUUAUUGAAGAAGAUUUUAAUAUUGCUCUAGGAGUUUUUGCUUUAGCAGGGCUAACUGAUUUGUUGGAUGGAUUUAUUGCUCGAAACUGGGCCAAUCAAAAAUCAGCUUUGGGAAGUGCUCUUGAUCCACUUGCUGAUAAAAUACUUAUCAGUAUCUUAUAUAUUAGCUUGACCUAUGCAGAUCUUAUUCCAGUUUCACUUACUUAUAUGAUAAUUUCAAGAGAUGUAAUGUUGAUUGCUGCUGUUUUUUAUGUGAGAUACCGAACUCUUCCAACACCGCGAACACUUUCUAAGUAUUUCAAUCCUUGCUAUGCCACUGCUAGAUUAAAACCAACCUUCAUCAGCAAGGUAAACACAGCAGUGCAGUUGAUCUUGGUGGCAGCUUCUUUGGCAGCUCCAGUUUUCAAUUAUGCUGACAGCAUUUAUCUUCAGAUACUGUGGUAUUUUACAGCUUUUACCACAGCUGCAUCUGCUUACAGUUAUUAUCAUUAUGGUCGGAAAACUGUUCAGGUAAUAAAAGGCAGAUGAAAGUUAGCCAUCAUCAUUCACAAGGAAGCAAUAUUCAUCAUCGGCAGCAGGGCCAGUGGUAAUCUACAGGAGUUCUCCUAUUUCGGUGUUCAGCUUGAAAAAGGACUUGUCAGAACAAACCAUGUCAUCAAAAUUUAAGUAAUGUGCAUUGAAAAUCAGCUUGAUCAUGGGCAAAUGCAAAAUUUGCAAUGUAUUUUUAAAUACAAAUAAAACUAUAAUUUAGAAUUUUUUUUUAAUCUUAGGUUUAUUGAUUAAUUUGUAAGGUACCAGUUAUUAUCUGUCAUUUUAAAACAUUGGGAAAAAAGAGAGUCAUGGCAUGGAAACUCAAGAGUUGCCAUUUCUCCUUCAGUAGAAUUUAGGUUCUUCAUGAAGUACUAUGGUAUUUCCUGGGCUUAAAGAUACAUCCCACAGCUUGGCUAUGCAAUUUUUUGUUUGGUUUUUAGAUUUACGUGCACAUUUAUGGUUCUCGUGGUUAAUAUUUGAUCGUUUAGGGUAUUGACAGUAACGGUUAGCUUAGUUGUGGUUGAUAAAGAGGUUUAAAAUGCAUUGUUUUGAAAAUGAGAAGCUGGAAGUAGAAGAUAUUGUUUCCUAUUUAGUAGUUUCCCAACCUCUCAGGUACCAAGUUUAUGUGUCAGGAUGAGUGAUGUAGACUAGGAAGCACGGCCACUGGACCGUCCAACAGGCAGUGCAUUACGCCAGGCCUUCACACUGUUUUUAAAGUAGCAAUGUUUGUAUGAUAUUGGAACCUACACUCAUGUAUGUAAAUAAUAUGAAACUGUAUAUUUUUCAAAAGUUUUUUAAACUUUGGGGGAAUCUUUUGUUAAAAUGUUGAAACAAUAAAAGCUGGGAGGAAAAAAUGGA